UUGUUAUAUUAGGGUUCUCCUUUAUUGCCACAUCGCUCCCACUGAAAGACUCACACUUCGGCUUUCGGUUUCCCACCAUCCAAACAAAGGGUAUGGAAGCAGCCACCGAGGUACCCAGAGACCCAACUCACCCCACCAACGAAGUCAAGCUUUUUAAUCGCUGGUCCUUUGAGGAUGUUCAGGUUACUGAUAUCUCUUUGAGUGACUACAUUGGUGUCCAACCUUCCAAGCAUGCAACCUAUGUACCACACACUGCUGGGAGGUACUCAGUGAAGCGUUUCCGAAAGGCUCAAUGCCCAAUUGUUGAGAGGCUUACAAACUCAUUGAUGAUGCACGGCCGGAACAAUGGGAAGAAACUUAUGGCAACUAGGAUUAUUAAGCAUGCCAUGGAAAUUAUUUAUCUCUUGACUGAUCAAAACCCAAUUCAAGUCAUUGUUGAUGCUAUAAUCAACAGUGGACCUCGUGAAGAUGCUACUCGGAUCGGUUCUGCUGGUGUUGUCAGGCGUCAGGCUGUUGAUAUUUCUCCUCUUCGUCGGGUGAAUCAGGCCAUCUACCUAUUGACCACUGGUGCCCGUGAAUCUGCAUUCAGAAACAUUAAAACCAUUGCAGAAUGUUUGGCUGAUGAGCUUAUUAAUGCUGCAAAGGGUUCUUCUAACAGCUAUGCCAUCAAGAAGAAGGAUGAAAUCGAGAGAGUUGCAAAGGCCAACCGUUGAGGCAUUAGAUGAUAUUAUGAAACCUUGUUUGUGGGGAAAUUUGGUCAUUUUAAUCAGUACUUUAUAGGUUAUAUUUUUUGUUUCCUGACCAUGCAAUUGCAGUAAUGUUUUGUUUGCUACUAAGUAGACAUGUUAGUUUAUGGUUUUAACUUUUA